AGUCCAUAUAUCAGACAAACAGUAUUUGAAAUACAAGUGAAUGUCAGAGAUAGCAUUGUAACCACGUGGUUAGGUUUGAUAUACUGCUUGUACAAGUGGAUAAUAUUCCAAUAUUUUUUUUCACGAGAGAAAGUCUGUCUAAGGAAUACAUUAUGGCUGACUUUGCAGCAGGAAAAUGGACUCUGGUUGAUACCACAGGAUUUGAUGAAUACAUGAAGGCCGUGGGUGUGGGCAUGGUGAUGCGGAAGAUGGCGGCAGCGAUCAAGCCCACCCAGAUUGUCGAGGUGGAGGGGGACCGAUGGACCAUCAAGACUCUUACAACGCUCAAGAACACUGAGAUCGCCUUCGUCCUUGGGGAGGAAUUUGAGGAGGUCACAGGGGACGGUCGGAAACUCAAGACGACCGUGACACUGGAAGGGCAGAAACUGAUUCAGACCCAGGUGGGCGAGGUGGACUCAAUACUGACCAGGGAGUGGGACGGUGAUACCAUGAUUAUGACUUUAAAAGCGAAGGACGCAGUUUGCACAAGAACUUAUAAACGAGCGGUGUAGUCAUCUAGAAUGUUGUUGUAGUCUUACAUCUGUGUAACAGCACGCCCAUUAUCACGUAUACAACAACGUUGUGGGUGACAGUGUUAGAUGGGUGGUAACAGAUACUAACUAAUUUGGUAUGUAAGCGUCUGGAGUAAGCUGUGUAAAGACAACGUUUGUUUUUUCAGCUCUUAGACUCAAAUAGGUGUCACUUAAAAUAAGAAGGUCCAGUAAAAUAAAGUGACAAUCAUUAUGAAUUAUUGUCGUUUUUCGUAAAUGUUGUAUCUUGCCCAAACAUAUAUUUUUGUAUGUUUAGUCCAUGUUGAAUAAAAGUUGUCUCAAUUUCAUUUA